AUGAGCGUUAAUGAAGAGGAUUCAAAUGUUCAGGUUGGAAAGGUAUUAGAAGCUGAGAAUGAGGAGAAAAACAUGCUUUUGGAAAGAAUUAGAGAGCUUGAGGCCGAGAAUAAGCAGUUAAAGGAAGGAAACAGAGAUGAAAUCAUGAUGAAUGAUUUUAAGCAGCUGGUGGAUGAUAUGGACAGUGCAAUGAAUUACAGUAUGCAGGUGGUGCAAGAUAAGGAUGAGGAAAUCAAAAAGAUAAGUGAGAGAAUUUUAGAGAAUAACAAAAAAUGGAAAGGGUAUGUAAAGCUGCUGGUAGAUCAGAUCUGUAAAAAGAAUAUGUUAAUUGACAAUAUGAAAGAAGAAAUGGACAAGUUCUUCGAAAAAACAAAAAAGCAGGAAAUUGCGAAUAGAGAGAAUAAUAGUAAGCUGACUUCAUAUGAAGAAUUAAUUCAGAUAGACCAACAACUUUUGAAACAGUCGAAGCAAAUAGAAGUCGAACUAAAUAAUAGAAUACGGAAAUUGGAGGAAGACAACAAAAAGUACUCAACUGCAAUAAAGAAAAUUUCAGAAAGUACCCAAAAGAAGAUGUUAGAUUAUGCAAGUAAAAUAGAUCAGCAGCAAUUAACUAUUCGCCAUUUAGCUUCAAUUGUGGAUAAUUUUAGAGGGAGAUUUUUGUAUAAUAAUAUAGGAAGGCAGAAUGGAAUACUGAACCAAAUCAAUAAGAAGAGUAGCUUGAAUGUAAGCUCAUCUAAGGAAAUUAUGAAUCCUUUAGAAUAUGAGUUUGCUAUUGUUUGGAGUAACUGUCAGGAAAAAUCAAUACGAAGAAGAUGCGAGCUUUUGGAAUUGUCUUUGAACUUAAAAAAUGAAGAUAAUGAAGCAAUUUUUAACUAUUUAAACGAUCUCCUUUUAAACAAAAGUAUUUCAGUUUCUGAUGCAUUUUCUGCUUACUCUGACUACAUUAGCCGAGUUUUAGGCCUAUAUGAUUUGUUUUGUAAGUCCAAUAUUCUUUUGCAAUAUUUCCAAUAUAAAGCUUUAAGGUAUUUACAAAUUAAUGGUAUUGCAAAUAUGAAAAAUAAAGGAGAGUUGACUGGGAUCAUUCAAUGGGUCUGUAACAUUACCAUUGAAAUAGGUUUUUUGAUUUUAAAUUUAGGCUCAAUUAUAAUGUCCAUAAGAGAUUUUUCUAAUAAUAAUGAAUUCAGUUCUUCGAGCUUUGAAAUUACCCAACUUCCAUCUCUUUCUAAAAUAAAAGCAAUUUUAAAAUGGAUAGAUAAUAUAUCCCAAGUUGUUUUGAACGAUAAUUUAAAUCAGAAUAUUACUUACGAGGAAAUUAAAGAAUUUAAAAACCUUUUACAUGCACAAAUACUGCAUGCAUGUCCACAUCAAAAUAUUGGCAAUGAAAACGCCGGUAUAGAACUAUUGCCAGUAUGUUGUGUGGACGCAAUAAUGAAUAUUAACAUUUCAUUGUCAAUUUUGGUGAGAAUAAAUAUAAAAUCAGUACAGGAAAAAAAUUUGGAUGAAAUAUACAGAAAGUCAUUAGAAAUAUCGGAGAGGUUUUACUCAAAAUGCGGAAAUUUGAGUUUGAACGGGAUUCAUUAUCCAAUAGAUGAUAGGUUGUACUCAUGGAAUGGAUUAUAUUGGAUUAGAAUACUGGGUCAGAGCAGUCAUGAGGAAUUUAAAGUAUCUUUUCAGGAAAUGAUAAUAAAACAGCAUACAAUUUAUGAUACAAUGCAUAAUUCAGGAGAAAAUGAGGGAGUUAACAUAACAGAGUGUGUAGAUAAACUAUUUAAAUCGGUUCAAGAAAUGGAUACAAGUUUGGAUGAGUUGUUGAAUCCUAUUCACAUGGAAUUAGAAAUCGAGAAUUCCAAAAAUACUGUGGGUAUAGAUUCUCUUCCUGAGAUAAUCAUUUCUAGCAAGUUACAAAGAUUAAUAAUGAGUAUGGACGAACAAAUUGAGUUGGAAGGAGAUGUGAAUAAAAAUGAAACUAUUUUAGUAACGAGUCAAAAAAAAGAAGGGAAAGAAAUUGUGAAAGGUGAAUCAGCAGAAUUUGGGGGGUUAGAUUUAGGGGAGGUGGUUAUAGGAUCUACUGAAAUGGUAGAGAAUAUGGAUUCAAAAAUAGUCAAUACAAUUAGUUCUGAUAGCCCAAAAAAAGCGAGAUAUGAACAUUCAAUAAGAUUGUUAAAUGAAAAGGUUCAGUCUUUAAAGAAGGAGUUGACAGAAAAGGAGGUCACAUAUUCAUCAUUUGAAGCAAUGCAAGGUGAAUAUAAGAAGUUGCAGGACCAUAAACAACUGCUAAUGAGCAGAAUAGAGGAGCAGGAACUUGAGAUGAGGAUGAAUCGAGAACGCAUGAAGAAGUAUGAGGAUACUGUGAAGCAAAUGAAGAUUGAUUCUGAUACUUUGAGGCGUGAAUUGGAGAAUUUACAGAAUAUCCCAAAGAUUAAAGCAUAUAGUGAGCAAGAUGUCUUGGAACCUGUUUAUUUAAGAAGGUUAAUAAGGCUGAUGAGUAAUAAGUUAUAUGAAUUAGAAAUGAAUAGGUGGAAUGAAAAAAUAGCGAGGGAGGAUCCGAAUAGAGUAUUAAAAUCAAACUAUUCUCAAAAGAUGAUAUUAAGCCGAAUUCAUUCAAAAAAUCCAUUGGAAAAAAUUGCAACAAGGAUUCUGGAAAGGGAGAGGAGGAGGGAAGAGAGGGACAAGAAAAAGAAGGAGAUGGAGGAAACAAACAAAGAGAAUAGAGAGGGAGAAAAUGAAAAUGAAAACGAAAAUGAAAAUUUGGACGUUGACUUAAAUUCACAAGCCGAAAAAAACCGUACUGAUAAUGAUUUUCAAGGUGAACAAUUUUUAAACAAUUAUUUAGAGGAACAGAAAGAUGAGGAAAAUGAAUAUACAGAUAUACUUGCCUUAAUUGAGGAGUUUAAAGAAUUACAAAAACAAAUUAUGCUCCACAGGUGUUCUAUGCCGAUUAUGAUUAAUAAAGGCUCAGGAAGUAGCUCUUCAUUUGAGAAGGAGUGGGAAGAAUACAUUAAGACUGAGUCCAGAUUAAAAUAUAAGUUACAUAUAAUGAAGGUCUCAUUGCAAGAAUUGAUUUCAGGAACAGGGGAGGGACUAGGAGAGAAGUGCAACUUGGAGGAUACUUACAUUAGCAAAAAGAUUGGGAAGAUGUCACUAAAGAUUCCAUCUGUUGGAAAAGACUCAGCAUUAAGCAUGAUCAGAAAUCAGAGUAAUAUAAUGCAGGUGAAUAUUAGUGAAUGGAAUGAAAUUAUUCAGAAUCUUGUAAAGAUAACAACAUAA